UCAAACGUCAACAUUAUAAAUUUUGAGGUUAGGCGUCGCAUCAUUUUGAUUUACUAUUGUUAUUCUUGUGUAUUAUGUAGUGUUUGCUCGCUAAAAUGAGUCCACCAAGCAAAGAAACUGAAGAGCCUUCGUCAAGCAGUGUAGGAGAAGGAAGCCAAGUAGGUGGUAGCGGCGAUGCAAACUCGUCAGACCAACGACCGCCCGCCAAGCGGCAAAUUUCCGCAGCAGUUAUAGAAAUUUCCGAUACCGAUAGUGAUGACUCCGAUGUAUGUGCCGUUAAUUCAUAUCAGGCUUCAGCUGAUGAAGUUAAAAGAAUUCGGCGAGAAUAUUCCUCGUCAUCAUCGUCAUCCGAUUACAGUUCGGAUUCGGAGUCUCCCUGGGAGGACGACUCAGUUGUUAUAGAAGAUAAGAUUUCGGAGAAGGUAGUUAGGACACAGCUAAAUACUAGAGCUAAUAGAAUGGACGAUCCUAAACUAAGCCCUGCCUUGAAGUCGCAAGAAGUUAUAGAUGAAGUGAAAAAACAUUGGGAAGAAGAAAAAGACUAUAAAAGUGAUGAAGUUAGCUUGACAUGUAAUCCCUUCCGUCUGUGUCGCCUUCAUGGCCUUCUGGAAAAUCCAGAUGUCAUAAACAAUAUUGUUGAUGAUAUGAACACCCUAGAUUGGUCAAGGAAGAAGAUGGACCUGUAUGAGUUCCAUCAGACUACAGAUUUAGCUAAUUUAACAUGGCAGCGAAGUAUUAGAGGAAUUUAUGAAAUGUUGAAGACUGAAAUUAUGAGUUGGGUUUCACAAGUAACUGGACUAGAACUGACAUCGGUAUCUGCAUCCUGUUCCCUUUAUGGUCCGGGGGACCACCUUCUGGUACACGACGACCGGCUCGGAGACAGACGUGUGGCCUUCAUCAUAUACCUGGCGCCCUGGACGCCGCGCGGACCGCCCGUCAACACCGCACAUAAUGGCGCCGGACUUGGGGACUUCCACGAUAAGCAUGAGCCAGAGGAGGUGUUGGGCGAGGGCUGGGCCGCGCACAUGGGCGGCGCGUUGGAACUGUUCGAAUGCGAUUCAGAAGGCAGCCCCACGCAUGUCACUCUGCGCUCCUUCCCCGCCAACAACACGCUUGCCUUUUUUACCGUCGGGCCGACGUCCUUCCACCAGGUGGGCGAGGUGUUGUCGCUGGAGCUGCCGCGCCUGUCCAUCAACGGCUGGUUCCACGGGCCCGCGCUGGCGCCCGCGCCGCCUCCGCCCGCGCCCCCGCGCGCGCUCGUGCCGCACACGCGACCGGUCUUGCUGAACCAGUGGGUGGAGAGCACAUACAUGUCGCCGCGAGUGCGCGCGCAGGUGCAGGCGCAGAUGGAGCGCGCCAGCGAGGUGUGUCUGCGGGACCUGCUGCAGCCCGCGCGCUGUCAGACCCUGCUGCAAGCGCUAGCGUCGCCCGAUGUGGAAUGGGAGCUAUGUGGCCCGGCACAGCAGCGACGCUACUGGCGCGUGACGGAGCACUGGCUGGUGGAGCGGCCGGAUGUGGAUUGCGAACCGGACCCGCACCCGGUUCGAGGACUGGCGCGGAUCUUGAGCAGCACUGCCUUCAUGCGUAUGCUGGCCGACUGCACCGAUCUGCCUUUGAACUCCUACCGACGCCUCGAGCUGCAGCGCUGGGCGCCGGGAAAUUUCACGCUGCUGCCACCGCGCGAGUACUACCAGCAGCCGCGGCUCGAGGCCGUGCUGUACCUGGGCGUCCCGGAGCACCCGCUGUGCGGCGGGCAGACCAUGUACGUGGCGCCCGAGGAGGGCGGCGAGGCGGGCGAGGCGGGCGACGCGGGCGACGCGGGCGAGGCGGGCGAGGAGGGCGCGCUCGUGACGCUGCCGCCGCGCCACAACGCGCUCAACCUCGUGUACUGCGACGCGGGCGCCGCCUCCUUCACCAAGUACCUCAGCAAGCUCACCAUGAAGCCCGACGAACACUUCUACAUAGUGACGUGUACUUACACCGAGUGAUAUGAACUACGCGCGUCAGUGUCACUCGUGUUACUCGUGUCAGUGUUUGCGACGUCCGUGCUCGUGGUGAGUGUCGCGGCCGGUGGACGAUGACGUCAUACUUUGACGUCGUAUUAGACGUUGAGGAUUCAUCAAAGAGACGAUUUAAUAAUAUUCUAAUAUGAAACAAGAACUGUUAUUAAUUUAUGUUCGUAGUUGGAAAUAUAUAUUUCUAACUUCUUCAGGAUUUGCAGGACAAUUUCUAAAAAAUGAGAGUAGUUCUCCUUUUAUUUAUUACUGUUUUGAUUACCUUGUGAAAUCUCUUAGAUUUUUUUUUUCAUGACUGAAACUAAAAACCUUUCCAGACAUUGUUAAUUUCUAUGUAUAAAUGUCAGAGAGUAUUCCACAUUGUCAAUUACAGACUUGAUAUUAAGAAAACAAAAAUUCACUAAAAAAACUGAAUCAUAACAGGAGGCUGGUAUGUUAUCUACUGAUUGCGGAUUCGUUGGUGAUUUCAUUAAAACAAAUGUGCAAAAAGAAUAGCUUCUACUUCCACUUAGCUUAACGAUAACUUAACGAUUAUAGGUGACACCUGUAGGACAACAUGUUCUAAGAACUAUGGAGUACCUUUUAACAAUAUUAAACGCAGUACUAGUUUGUGCACCAAAAUUGAUGCACCUUGUGUACAGGUUGCCCGGCUCUAAAAUACAAAAGGCAGAUUGCAUUAAAUUGGACAAGUGAAAGUCUUAAUGCUGAGCCUUGUUUGUUAAAGCUGGGGUAUCACCUUUAUAACACUAUUCGGUAUUGCUUUGUUUGCUUAUUGUAUUGUGAUUGUAGUAGUCAUGGAAAGCUUACGUGGCAGCUGGUGAAUGCUGGCUCUGUCGAAGCUAGGCUGGUGCGUUGCAUUAUACAGAAAAACACUUGUUAUAGGAAUUGUUAUCAGAGAACAUGUUUGUAGCUUUAAUUAUAUCCUCAUUACAUGGCACUCUAGUAUUUUGUUUCAUCUCCAACAUUUGGUGGAAAGAUGUCGGACCAUUAUAGAUUUGGUGCAAUAAAUGAAAACAAAGUACAUUAGAUUUAUAGAUAAAUGUAUUUUUCUAUUCAAGUGAGUAGAUGUAAACUAUGUUUUUAUAUUGUCAAAUCAAAUCUGUUGUUACAAUUUAUACAAAAUGUAAUAUAGGAGACAACUUUGCAAAGUCCACACACAUAUAUCGCUAUUGUUAAAUAAAUGAAGAGUGUAUCGUGUGCUCGCUCACCAGGCAUGUGAUUCAAGUUUCAUAAGUAGCAACUGAGAAUUGAAAGGUCAUUCAUAGUAAUUAUUUAUUAUAGAAAUAAUAAAUAAAAUAAUACAUUUUCUUAACUCUUAAUCCAUUUGAGGUUUUCUUUUUAUUUUGUACAAAUAUGGAUGAAAUGCUUUGUGAUUAUUGUUUAUCACUUAUACUAAUUACAUUGUGCCGACUCGAUUGGAAAAUCUCCAACAGAAUACUACAAGUCCCUCCCUGUUGGGAUGCGGCAGAUGUUUGUGGACAUGAAGUUAUCAAUUACAUUACUCAGUAUAAUCAAAUCAUGUCUUAACCACGAUUAUACAAAAGGAACUACUUUGCCCACAAAGACUUGCUACUGUUGUUUUCACGAGUUGGCUCGUUUAUUUUUAUGAUGUUUUUUCUUGUGAUUAUCGGGUAUGUGAUGCCGCCCUGUAAUAUUAUCCACUCCACAGUUGUUAAGUCGGCCAUGUUUGUUAGAUCUCAGCUACAUGAUAGGCAAACUUUUGUGUUCGGUUAUAAAUAGCUUUGUCGGGUUUACUUCAAAGUUGUUGUGUGCUGUGUGCACAAUUUUCCAAAAAACGCUUUUCAGAAUCAAAGAUAUCUACUUUACAGCAGUAUCAUAGAGUCGCUGCAACGAGAAUACGUCGAACGCCCGCGUUAUGCGUCAGCGGGGUCAUUGAUCAUUGAUUGGUGUAAUUCGUUAUUAUUAUUGAGUGAAAUGAAUGAAUUGUAUAAUUAACACAAGUUAGUUAAAAUAUGUAUGAUAAUAAUUUUAUUUAUUUGUAUCGUUUUGACAGAUGAGUUUCAUUUUCAAUCAUAAUAAAUAUUAUUAUUGAAUGAUUUUCUAUGAUUAUUUUUUUUGUUUUCUUAUGUAUCGUAUAAUAUAUAAGUUGAUGUCGCAUUGGCGUUACAUACGUGUAACACAACGCACAGUCACUGCUAUUGAUAAGGGUUGGGACACCCACUGGGUGAAAAACACAUUUUAUUUUUGAAUUUAGCAAAAAUUUUUAAUUACUUUAAUUUACUGGUGGUAGGGCUUUGUGCAAGCUCGUCUGGGUAGGUACCACCCACUCAUCAGAUAUUCUACCGCAAAACAGCAAUACUUGAUAUUGUUGUGUUCCGGUUUGAAGGGUGAGUGAGCCAGUGUAAUUACAGGCACAAGGGACAUAAAAUCUUAGUUCCCAAGGUUGGUGGCGCAUUGGCUAUAAGCGAUGGUUGACAUUUCUUACAAUGCCAAUGUCUAAGGGCGUUUGGUGACCACUUACCAUCAGGUGGCCCAUAUGCUCGUCCACCUUCCUAUUCUAUAUAUAAAAAAAAAAACAUUUUUAUUUCAACAGAAAGAAAAAUAGUUUCGAUUAAACGUGAAAUACAACAUCAGGCCACAUGGCCACCACGAAACCUCUGGCACAGGGUUAUUCUUUUGUUGAAAUUUUGAACAACGUUUUCGCAUAAACAUGGCUGUGUUUCACCAAUAACGCGCCGUAUUUCCUCUUUAAGAUAUUUUUAUUACAACUUGGUCUGCAGUAACAUUGUUUCACGUGCUGUGUGGCAGGUCGCACCGUCUUGUUGGAAAAACGUGUCCUCCACAUCAAUUAAAUCCAAUUCGGGUCACAAAAACUGUUAACAUUUCGCGAUACCGCACACCAUUAACAGUUAGCACAUUUUUAGCCGCAUUUUCAAAGAAAUACGGUCCAAUCACUCCGCCAGUCCAAAAUGCACACCAAAAAGUUACUCGCGGUGGAUGCAUUGGUUGUUUGAGUAUCACACGAGGAUUUUCAGCACCCUUAAUCCGACAGUUUUCCUUAUUUACUUAUUUGCCAAGUUGAAAAUGUGUUUCAUCUGAAAUAAUGAUUUUCUUCGAAAAAUCAGCAUUAAUUUGAUGAUGUUAAUCAGCAAAUCCACGGCGCUGCGCAUGGUCCCUCGGUUUGAUUUCUUCGUGCAAAUGCAGAUCUUUUACCAAAAUACGUUGCAUAAUGUUUCUUAAAAUAUUUAAUUCGUGACCACGAUGCCGAAUGGGAAGUUCCUGGAUUCUCAGCCACAUGUUCUCUUAUUGUGGCUAUAUUAUCGAGUGACCGACAAGGACGACGACGAAUGACCAUCUGAUCCAACAGCGUAAUUUUUUUUUGAAAUUUUGUAAUUAAACGCCUCACCGUCGAUUCAUCUGGCGCAUUAUUGCGACCGAAAACUUGACGUAAUUUGCGAACUGUUUUCGGAAAACUUUUAUCAUUUUUGUAAUGUUUUUACAAUAAUUAAACGUUGUUCGUUUGAAUACUUCUCCAUAUUUUUAAAUCGCGUGGUCUCUACGUGAGAAAUGUCGAAAACUAAAAAACGUACAACUCUUAUUAACAAAAUGGCGGCUAAUUUAAAUUGGCGCUCAUGUUGGGACUCCCAAUACAAAUGAAUAAGCUAUAUAUAUAGAUUUUCAUCAAAAAAAUGACUCCCCGUCUUAUUGCCUCUUCUGGUGACGGGAGGGCUGGUUCAUUUUUCGCCCAGAGGGAAAUGCUGCUGGCAUUCUUGCCACCUAUUUAUUGCCUUGUACUUAUUUAAGGCUUUAAAAAAAAAUAGGUGAUCCUUUUAAUGUCAUUGGCGGACGAUUGUGAGUUGUGACCAAUAUGCGAAAUGCGACAUCACUACCAAUAUUAAAUAUUAAACGCAUAUUUGUAUAUGUAUAACUUACAGACUCGGUUUGGUUACACGAUACAACUUUUGUAUAUGUACUUGUAGAAUUGUUUUUCUAAUAAAUAAUAUAAAUAAAAACAAAUACAACAAGUUGACUAUAUCGAUAUUGACAAUAAAAUUUACGUUAAAAAACAUUCACACGAAUUUAAUUUAUGGUUUGUAAAUAUUAAUGUGAUAAUACUUCCGUGUUUAUAUUUGAUCGUGAGUUACUGCGGCGAAUGUCAAGUUUUCAACGUCGUAUUGGUAAACAUUUAAUAGUUCACGACGUUGAUGAACGCUGCUGAUGAUCUAAGAAACAUCGUAAUAUUUAGCUUACUUACUUAACACUUAAACGCAAACGUAUGGAAUUUACACGAUGUUAAAUAUUGUAAAAAUGUUUUUAGAUUUUCUACCGGAGAACCUUAGACGUUUCGAGGAUCGAGAUGUUUACGUGCCUGUUAUACUUAAACUUCAGAUUAUUAGAAAUCCAAAAAUGAAUGAUGUAAACAAUUGUAUAAUUUUGUAUUGAACUGUAAAGUCGAUUUACAUCGAAAGUAAUUAUUUAUUAAUUAAUUAUAAUUUCAAUACAGGAUGUUAUAAUGUUAGUACGUUAAUUUUGUAAAUAUGCUGAUAUGUUCAGGUGUGAUGUGCGUGUUUUAUACGUGGGUGUAAACAGUAUUCGUACACUGGGCUUUUUUUACAAAUAUUGGGUGUAAAUUUAUCGAACAAUACGUAUUGAACAAAAAAACAUUAUAAAUUCUUCUUUUCUAAAUAAUUCUAAACAAAGAAAAAUUUAUUGAUGAGAAUAUUUUAGUUUGCAAAACAAAAAAUAGCGGAAUAGAAAGAUGCCGGACAACACAAAAAGUAUUCGUACAGUUAUGACACCAAUGACAGCAUUUGGUCUCAGGCGAGGAACACUAUUCGUAUGCUUGUUUACAUCGUCCUUCCGUUUGUGUCUCGUGACGAAAAUUCUAUAUUUCAUUCUGUGUUGCUUUUUACUUUUGACUGGCUCGUUAGUUAGAUAUAAGGCCGUAGACCCCGAGAUCUUAGGUUUAAAUCCGAGGUCGGGCCAAUAAAAAGUUAUUGGGUUUUUCUGUCAGAAAAUUCUCAGUAGCAGCCCGGAGUCUGGAAGUUGGAAGUGUGUACACUCCCGUGCCUCGGAAAGCACGUAAAGCCGUUGGUCCUGCGCGUGAACUCUUUCCGGUCGUGUCGGAUUGCCGUCUCAUCGGAUUAAGAGAGCUAGGGAUUACAGAGUGCACCUGUGCGCACACACUUGUGCACUAUAAUAUCUCUUGCGUAGUUGGCUAAUCACUCCAGAGAUUAGCUGCCGUGGCCGAAAUCGGUCUGGAGGUCAUUAUUAUUAUUACUAUCAAUCAAUCAAUCAACAGCCAAUCGUUGUCCACUGCUGAUCAUAGGCCUCUCCCAGGGUACGCCAAAGCUCCCUGUCCUCCGCCUUCCGCAUCCAGUUGGUGCCCGCCACCUUCUUAAGGUCGUCGGUCCACCUGGCUGGAGGGCGCCCUACGCUUGCCGAUUCGCGGUCUCCACUCUAGGACUCGUCUGCUCCAACGGCCAUCGGUCCUGCGACAUACGUGACACUGCCACUUCAGCCUGCUAAUUUUGCAAGCUAUGUCGGUGACUCCGGUUCUUUUCCGGAUAAUUUCAUUUCUGAUCUUAUCCUUCAAAGAUACUCCGAGCAUAGCUCGCUCCAUAGCACGCUGAGCGACUUUGAAUUUGUGGACUAGUCCCGCAGUUAGUGUCCACGUUUCAUUAUUACUAUGUUCGAUAAAUUUACAAUACUUUUUGUAAAAAAGCCCAGUGUACGAAUACUUUUUACACUCACCGUAUUUUCAACCAUCAUGACGUAGAACUCAUUUUCACUGUUAUGAAUUUCUUUAAAAGACAAUUUAUUCAACGAUUAAACGUGAGUAUCGGCUGCCAUUUUUCUAAGGCAUGAGAAAAAUGUCAGCCGAUAUACUCGACUUUUAAAUAAAUCAAUGUCAUUCAAAACAAAGACUAAACUAGAUGACAAAUAAAAUUAAUUCAGUUUGGGUUUUAACAAUUUCGUUAAGUUAGGUUAACUUAUUUGUGUUUUGUGUUUAUUAUUAUAUUAUGUGUUUAAAUUUUGUACAUAUUGUAACAGAUUUCUUGGAAUAAAUGACAUGAAGCGGC